CUGAUAAGCUACUACAUGAAAACAUCCGUGCUACGUCUACAUUUUCCUGCGCUGUCAAAUGUCAGCUUACUUGGGCUGUCUGCGUUUUGCCAGUAGAAUAAACGUGAGUCUGAAAGCUCAUAGUUAAUGAUUAGGUUGUGAGUUAUCUUGGCCCAAGAAAAUCACGCUGGAACCACAGCUUUUCUGAACGUACUGUACUGUCGACGUUGCAGGCACCGUGUUAUCUAUAUUGUGAGGAGGACAGGGACAGUAUCCAAUGGGCCAGGCUGUCCUCCAGCUAUGCUGCUGUAGUUGGCCCUCCUUCCCUUUGGCAUCACUCCUACAUGACUGAACCGUGUUUGCCUGUCCUACAGUACAGAUGAACAUGGACAUGCACCAUGAUCACCACAACCACGGCACCAUGGCUCCUCCCACGGGGACAGACUCCCAUGAGGAUGGAGCAGUACACUGUGCAGGAGGAAUGAUGAUGCAAAUGACCUUCUACUUUGGCUACACAAACGUGGAGCUGCUGUUUGCCGGUCUUGUCAUCAACACACCUGGAGAGAUGGCAGGGGCCUGCAUUGGUUGUUUCCUGCUGGCUGUGCUCUACGAGGGGCUGAAGAUCGGCAGGGAGUUCCUGUUGAGGAGGAACCAGGUCAACGUGCGCUAUAACUCCAUGCCUGUCCCGGGAGCAGACGGUACCAUGCUCAUGGAGACCCACAAGACUGUAGGCCAGCGGAUGCUGAGUCUGUCCCACUUGCUGCAGACUGUGUUACACAUCAUCCAGGUGAUGGUCAGCUACUUCCUUAUGUUGGUCUUCAUGACCUACAACGCUUACCUGUGUAUCGCCGUGGCAGUGGGGGCCGGGGUGGGAUACUUCUUAUUCAGCUGGAAAAAGGCUGUGGUUGUUGACAUCACCGAACACUGUCACUGACACCCCCACCUGGUCUAUUCAUCCUACCACACAUGUAAAACACACACACACAUACAGGCAUUCUCCUUUCAAUCCCCAUCGUCAUGCAUCCAGUUUGUUUUGUUGCAUGUAUCACAUUUAGACAGUUCACUUUGUCACACUAACGCUUGAUGGUAAAUCUAAAUUAUGACCACGAGCUUUUACAUUUGUGAGUCUGUCCUAUUGGUAGCUCUAGAUGACUACCCGUGUCACCGUAACACGAUGUUGGUAUUCCAAAUUCUUACGCCUCCUGUCUCAAUCUCCACGUCUCUGUCAAAAGAGCUGAACGUUCACUCUUCCCCCAAUCGUGCCAUUCUUAAUCAGUAUUUUUAUUAUUGCACAACAAUCGGUGCACGUUCAUUCUUACAGCAUCGGACCUAGGGUUUUCUGCUCACACAGGGCAUUUGUGACAUUUACAACUACUUUCUCCUUGAAGAACAGUGUGCUGGUACAAGCAGUCAUAUGAAUAGGGCCUACAGUAUCUCCUGACCAGGGAACAAUGCUGGGCCCUAGUUGAAGCAUUCUGAAGCCAAGUCCUCUGCAUUCCAUCUGACAGUCCGGUGGGGGCCAUACAUAAUCAGUGUCUCACAACAGGAGUCAAAAGUCAUACUUGAGAUUGGCUGUAUAACUGAGCCUUAGUAAACCCUUUGCCUUAGAGGAAAACAUGUGACAGCCUAGGCCAACUGUAGACAGGACCCAUAGUCUACUGAUAAGUGCGAGCACCAUUUUAAAGAAGUUUGUCCUUGUACUCGUCACGUGAUUAUAUUAAUUAGAAUAUAAUGCAGCAGAAAGUGACAACCCUUAAAACCCUCAUGAUACACACUGCUAUGCAAUGUUCAAUUUUGGAUAGAUUAAUUUUUUUUAAACUCAGUAUUUACAAAUAACGCUUCACUUAAGCAUAGGCUUGAUCUGACCCAUAAAUGUACAAUAAAAAUUUGCUCUUGCACAUUAAGAAGCCAAUGUAAUUACAAUAUGUACAUGUCAAACACACCUACUGCUAGUAUCACUUCCAAUGAAGAUCAUUUCACAUCUAAAUUCAAGUGUCUGCCUUUCUAAAUCUUUACUACCAUAAAUUGUUGCUGGACAAAUCUUUAAUUUGCUUGUUUCAAGAAACUAAUUCAUGUUGAACAGAUUACUGGGUCUAAUCUGAGCACAUAAGGAGGUCCCUAAAAACCUCAACCUAAAAAGAGUUAACUUUAUCACUUCAUGAAGUGGGAUUCCCCGCUAUAAUUAGGGAGUAACUUUUGGUGUGUUCAUUCAAUAGGCUUAAAGUAGUGCAUGUCAACACAACAUGGACACUAGUGUCCUUAUUGGAGCAAGUGCUCAGGUCCCAAGGACAAGCAGAGAACUGGGAAAGUAGCAGGCUGGAUCCAGUGCUUUCUCAGACUGGCCUAGUAACACAUGAUUUCUGCACUACUUUGUGACCCAUCAGUGUCACACACUACAGACCGUACAUACUUUGACAGAAGGGUGAUUUCUAUGAAGUAGAACCUAAAAGAGAAAAUAUUUCACUUAUAUAGGUAUGUCUUUUUAGUUUCUUAAUGGUGUACCUUUUUUCCAUUUGAGAUAAAUGACUGUAGUACAUUUAUCAGUUGCCUGAGUGACAUUGUGUUGUGCCUGGUUUGGGGAUCAAAUUCCCAGUUGCUAUAACUGGAUUUAACAGCCACGUGUUCUCAUUACAUUACAUUACAAUAAAGCCAGGGACAUUAGUAUAUACUUGAACAUAACCGUUUCUGCUUUACCAUGUGGGAUCAUGUAUAAAGAGGAUAUAUUAUGGUCUACUGUACAAAUGGAGUGAAUUGGCCAAAAACAACAGUGGGAAUCUGACCCCCAAUCCAGCACAGCCUCAGUGUGAACAUGUCUGUAUAGUUUUACAUAUUUAUAGUGCUGUAAUCUUUUUAGAGAAAACAAGUAAUAAAUGGUAUCAUUCAA